AUGAAGUCCGCAAUUAAAUUGGCGGACGUCGGAAUCGAGAGCGUCCGCAUCAAAAGGGCCAUCACGGGGGCCACCAUCGUCGAGGUCCCCGGCCCGGAGGCGCAAUGGAAGGCGGAUGCCCUGUCGGGCCGUAUCACAACGGCCCUACAGGACAUGAAAGUCACCGUAGCCCGCCCCAUAAAAAAGGCGGAGCUGCGUGUGAAGGGCCUGGAGGACUCCUUUACCCUUACGGAGGUAAGGGAGUCCUUGGCGCGAGUAGGCGGCUGCCCUCCGGAAGCGAUCGAUCUGGGCCCCAUUAAAACGGGCCCAGAUGGCAUGGGGGUGGUCUGGGCCCGCUGCCUUGCGGCCGCUACACACAAAGCGGCGGCCCUGGGCAGGGUCCAGAUAGGCUGGACACGCGUAGGGUGGCGCUGUUGGAACCACGCCCCCUCCAGUGCUACAAAUGCCUGGAGGUGGGUCACGUCCGGCAGCGCUGCCCCAACGAGGCAGAUCGCGGUGACCGGUGCUACAGACGUGGCGAACCCGGUCACCGCGCUCGUGAUUGCCCCGCCAAGGCCCCCAAUUGCCCACUAUCAAAAAGCGGGUCAAGAGGGGCGGACGGGCGGGCUGGGAAAGGAGGCGGCGCCUGACAAAGCACCGCCUCCUCCACGACCACCCCUCCCUGCCGGAGCAGGAGAGGCGGUCACGGAGGAUGCAGGGAGGCAACCAGCCCCCACCAACGAGGACAGUGGUCACGGGGGGAGUGCCGAGGAGGGGCACCCGGCACCUCCCCCCACCGAUGGAAAUGGAGAAGGGGCGGGAGUAAACCCGCCCCCACCGAAGGACGGGGAGACCCUGGAGGAGGUCGAAAUGGUUGACCUGUCGGGGCGUGGUUCCGGGCUGGGGAUCGCGUCGGAGCCCUAUCGAGUGCCCAGGGAACAUCCCAAUUGGGCAAGCGAUAGAGGGGGCUCCGUCGCGAUCCACAGGUCUCCCAUCGGCGGGUCCCCUCCCAUGACCACAUUGGAGUCUGGGAGGGGAUAUGUGGCCGUCGAAUUCGCUGGCAUCGCCGUGGUUGGCUGCUAUGUAUCGCCUAACUGGGGUCUCGCCCAAUUUGGCGGAUUCCUGGCGGAGGUGGGGGGCUGCGUUGGACGCUGCGCCCCCCGCCCCGUCCUGGUCGCGGGGGACUUCAACGCAAAGUCACGCGUUUGGGGUUCCCCGCGAUCACACGCCAGGGGCGAAACCCUGGUAGACUGGGCGGCCUCUCUGGGCCUGUGUAUACUGAACACAGGCUCAGAGGGGACGGCACCCACCCAGGGCCGCCCAGGCAGCCGACCACGACGAUGGCAGCGAAGGAAGUUGGACGGGGACAGGCUGAUCGCCAGUCUCCUCGCGGCAACGUGGGCCGAACAUGGGCCCACGGAUGAUGUGGAGGAGGAGGCCGUCUGGCUGCGGGACAUAAUGACGGACGCGUGUGACGUGUCCAUGCCCCGAGCCGGAGGGCCUCCUAACCGGCGGGCGGCGUACUGGUGGACGGAGGAGAUCGCCGAAUUACGGCGAGCCUCCGUCCACGCCAGAAGGCGCUUCCUGCGCGCCCGCCGGCCAGGGAAUGCCACGAGGAUAGACGACGCCUAUGGAGUCUACCGCCAAAAGCAGGACUCCAUGAGGCGGGCGAUCGCCACUUCCAAGGAGGGGGCCUGGGAGGAAUUCCUCCGGGGAGUAGACGGGGACCCCUGA